CAACCAUCCACCCCAAUGCCUCUCCCAGACUCAUCUACGCCUCUUAAUCCCACCGUGGAAGAAAUUCCCGACGAGCAGGGCGGUAAUAAUGCUGGAAACACGCCGAAUCCCGGCAUGUUAUGGCCGCAGAUAUGCACACAGCAUGACUCUGUCCUUUCAUCGCACCUGAGCACGCUCCAGGCGUUGAAAGAGCAGGUUUCGUCAGACCCAGAGGCCUCUCAGCUUAUCUCUGCGAUGAUUGAGAGGACGAAUAAAUUGAUGCUGCAGUUUGAGGGUGUCAAGAAACAUAUUACACCACGAGCGGGUCGUCGGUUUGACCCUGUGCGGCCGACAGGGGAUGGUACUGAUUCUACGCAUACCACGCCAUCCAACCCUGAAGAUGACUCUGGCCGAAAGAGAAGGAAGCGAAAUAGGCUUUCAAACACUGAAAUAGAGUCAGGGGUUGAGUCAAAAGAACCUUUGCUUGAGGUGCAACGAUUAAAGCGGAAACGAACAGAUGUGGCGAUUCCCGGCGCCGAUGACGAUGUUCAGGGCGCCAUUCCGGUGUCAUUGGAGACCGAGGAUAUCUCAGACGAAGUGCAACGACGGUUAGAAAUUAAGGAAGAGCAGCGGCGCAAGCGUGACUCGAGACCUGAGAAACGGAAACGGGACCGUGAUAGCCUUGCGUCCAAUACUAGCACUUCGUCGAUAAAUAGCACGAAGCCGAGGAAAAAGUUUAAACUCAGUCAGGGAGCUAGCCGGUGACACGAAGGAGGGUCUCGAUAGGAUCGGAAUUGUUGUUGUCUUGAUAUGGACGCUGGGUGUCGUAAGCCUCUAGACUAUCCCACUAUGAGGCUACAUCGUUGUUAUUUUUAGGGGCAUCAUGUAUAACUAGAAUCGACCAAUCAACUUCAUCCCUCAUGCCGA